AUGAAACUUCGCGCAAGUCGUUGUCUUAAAAUGAAGAAGCAUUAUAAGGAAGCUGAUUUUGAUAUUGCAGCUUGUAAGUAUAGCCUGUAUGGAAAUUUUUUCCCCAGUGUGCGUCAGUUUGUGAUAGCAUGCCUACAGAAAUUGGGUGUGCAUUGUUUGCAAUCAAGUUAUGGAUCCAUGCCGGCGUGUCUUGGAAUUGCUUAUCAUCUUGGUUGUCCGAUUGCAACCAUGUCAUCGAAGUACUAUCUCAUAUCACGUCCCACCACUCUACCCGAAGAGCUUAAGCCAUCUUCUGUCGAUGAAGUGCAAAUUGUCGAUCUUACAAAGGACUUUUAUCAGGUAGACACGGAAGAUGGUAAGGCUAUGCUUAAGCUAAGGGUGUUUCAUCCUGAAAUGUCCGCACUGCGAACCGUACCUGCGGUGUCUCGACCUCUGAUUGCAGUACUAAUGAAUUCUGAUUUGCUCCAUCGACUACCAAGCGAGAUAAAAUGUGAGCCGUCGUCCAAUUCGGAAAAACUAAGGGCAGUUGUAGACUGGGUUUCGAAAACGAAUCCAAUUCACGUUCUGCGUGCAAUAAUGGAGUCGAUCACGGACCCGAAUUUCAUCGAUUAUAUUUCAAGCAAUGUAUUGCUGUCCUUAGAAGCAUUUUGCCCUGACUUCGUGGAAGCCUCUGACAUGCUAGCAGUUCUUGGUAUCGACCAACUGAUUGUGCCGGUAAAAGCACCAACAAGGAAGCUCGAAGUGGAGAAGUGGCAACUUCAAAGGCCCUCUUCACCAAUGUUCUUCUUCGAAACGGCAUCCAGACUAUUGAAAGGCGGUUCGUUAAUGGAUCGUCCAUUAGACUUUCUCUAUCGUUGGCCUACUGCUCUAGUUCACUUGUAUCGUUUUGGAUUUCUGGAGAAGUUUUUUAUAGUCCCACUUUAUAGUGAGCUGGGGCUUGUUUUAAAUUAUACCAAUGACUACCUCAUUGAAUUGCCUAGUAUUUAUGGUCCAGGCAGGAUUCUGCGCUAUUUGCACUACUGCUUAUUAAUGGGGGUGGAAGAAUCAAAUGGUCUCACCUCCAAACUGAUAGGGUUACGUCCUUAUGCAAGGGAAAUAUGUUACGAGGGUCAUUUUCGUUUCAAGACACACAUGUUGGAGGUGAAGCCCAUGCAUUUACCUUGCAGUUGCUCGGGAGAUGCUUUUAUUUACGCCUUUAUUGGAUUCGAUUGUACUCCAGAAGUGCCUACUUGGAGCAUUGCUUUGGUACUUUCAUGUGUGCUCUGGCAUCAGCAAAAGGUGGAGCACCGAGAUUGUAAUAUUGCUGAAUGCCCGUUGAUCCUGUCAGCGUUACUUUUGGCAGUGGUCACGCAUUACAAUGUAGAGUGUAGCGUGUUGACGACCGUAGCAGAACACUAUGGCUCCUUGAAGUCUCUAGUCUUGAUGAAAAUGGAGGAGAGUGGUGCAUCAGUAAGCCCAUCGGAAGAGAAGGAAUUAAUGCACAGUGCGUUAGAGUUGAUGGCGAUGUAUGAUCAUUAUGUGUCGCUAUGUCGACUUCUUACUGCACUGAAAGAGGGCGAUGCAGAGGCUGAUUUCUCAUCUGCCGCCUACAAUCGCUUUCCUCCAAGCUACGAAAUGUUUCCUUCGCUUGCCUUACUCGUUUACAUAGCUUCUCAUUUGAGGUGUCAGGAGGCACCGUCUGGCGUUGCAGUUCGACUGUGGGUGGUGAAUGCGUUUCUGCGCACUUCCGACGAUAUUAAGGAUUUAAGAAGAUUGAAAAUAGUCGUAUCCAUGUUUUCCACUCUGAUGGAAUUUGCGUCGAAGGUAAAGCUGAAGUUCACCCCACCCACGGUACAUGUGGCAGAUCCGCCGCGCUGCUUUUUGCUCAAGGAGGAGAGGCCGCCAUUGAGACGGAAUGUCAAUCCAACCGACAGAAAUAUGUUUAUGCCGAUGCGAAGCGGUAACCGAAGGAGGUCAACGCGAUCAAGUUACGCUAGACAAUUGACUGAACGAGUUGGACAAAUGCGACUAAAUUCAUAA